AUGUCGUGGUCGCAAUACCUCCCCCAAGACAGGAUCAAGUGGACAGGUGGCUACUGGACGCAUCCUAUCUGGCCGUCUGAGCCAGAUGUAGCUGUCAUCAAAGACAUUGUCGCCUCGGUGUUGCCUGAGAAAGAAAUUGACUUUUCAGUUCAGUUUCUGGCCGACGGUGCGCGUCACAAGGUCUACGAUGUGUCCCAUUCUUCCUGGUCCAAGACUUAUCUCUUCCGCGUUGCCAUUCCUCUCGAUCCGCGACUCAAGACGGAGAGUGAAAUGGCAACCUUGGUGUUUCUCGGUCAGAGAACUACAAUUCCAGUUCCAAAGCCAAUCGCCUGGAGCUCUUCUGCCGAAGGAAAGCUUGGAUACGAGUGGGCACUGGUGGAAAAGAUCCCCGGCGUGGAACUUGGCGAGGUUUGGCGCAAGAUGCCGUGGGAAAAAAAGAUAGAGAUCACCGAGACCAUUGCAGAAUUCCUCGUCCAGCUUUGGGCCCCCAACAUGCGUCUCGCCAAAAUUGGCUCUCUCUACCUAGGUCACGCCGAGUUCUCCGAUGAUCACAUCCUGGAGCACAAGAAAGACGACAACGAGGAUGAUCGACUUGAUAGCUGCCCGGCCAAAAAGACUGACCCCAAAAACUUGGGCAAGGACAAAUUCACAAUCGGGUCUGCUGUCGAUAGUGCAUUCUUUUCCGAUCGUCGUCGCUAUCUUACGACGAACCGCGGCCCAUUUUCGUCUUGCCAUGACUGGCUCGAUGCACUCAUUCAUCUCGAGCAGGAGAUGAUUCGAACUGCAAAGGUUCUUUUGGAGUCCAAAGAGGACCUGACACCAGAGCACCAAGCUGAAGACUGGGACGACUUGGUCGACGAAAUCGGUGUCGACGAGGAUGAUUUCGAAAAAGAGUACGAUGACAUGGUCGCGCUUUGUCACAAAUACAAGGAGAUCCUGCCUCUGGUGUUUCCUCUACAGGAAGCUCCUUAUGAAGACAAGUUGUCGUGCGUCCUCCAACACUACGACCUCAGGGAUGCCAACAUCCUCGUUGACCCUGAGACCUUUGAAAUCACUGGCAUUAUCGACUGGGAACAAACCUAUUCUGUACCUGAUUGGUACGGGAUAGACUAUCCCAUGUUCAUUAAUACGGACGAACCUUACGACGAAGGCGAGCCGCCUGUACCAACAACUUACGACGAGGAUUCUCCUGAUUACAAUGCGGUCUUGGUGGGUAAUCGCGACCGAUGGGAUGCCAAGCAGCUGCGUGAGCAUUUCGAUCAUGCUGUACAGAAGCUUAUGGGUGCUAAAGACUGGAGGCCCGCAGCCGCACAAAAUCGGCUCAAGGAGCUUUUCAUUGAAGGGACGGCCAAUCUGACUGAUCCGUGGUGCCACGCCAAAUACAACAUGAAAUGCAUUCUAGAGGCAUUAAAGAUAUCAGAAACUGCUGCUUUCAAUUCAGAGCGUUCGGAUCAGAUAGACACUGAACUGGAUGGAUCAUAG